GGAGCCCACGCGCUCCUCACGCUCGGAGAGAGAUGAGCGGCAGUUAGAUGCACUUGGAUUACCGGCUGCUGAACUGAAACAACGUCUCCGCUCAUAAAAAUAUGUGAAACAGUGACGUUUUCUAAUUACACGUCUUUUUAACGAGUGGAUAUUCUCCUUAGUCGGAGAUAAAACGCAAGAUGCAGUGAAAGCAUCACUUCUUAUAGUCCCAGACGAUGGAAUUCAGUUUGAGAAGCCCAGUGUGAGAAAGUGAAGUACGUGCAGGAUAUAGACUACAUUCUCCCCCCAAAAACGAUAAAGUCAGUAUCUGAGAGCAUGGGUUGGCAAGAGACCCUAUGGCUUUUGACAUCAUUUAUCUUGAGUGCAACAAAGGCUGGAACAACAGAGACGAAAGCAGAGCCCACCACUGACUUAUCCUUUACUCCUGUCAUGAUGGCAAUGGAGGGAGAGAGGCUGAUCAUGACUGAGUCUCAGUACAAAUGUCUGGAGCUUCUGAGCCGAGAUGGAUCCAAUAAUAAAACAGGUUCGUUCUGCAGCAGAUUCUGGGAUGGCUUGCUCUGUUGGGAUGAAACCCCUGCUGGAACCUUUGCUUCACAGAACUGCCCUGACUAUCCCAGCUUUGACCCCUUGGAAAAAGUAACCAGAUACUGUGAUGAAUCUGGCAACUGGGUACACAGUUCAUCCAUCAAUAAGACCUGGUCCCACUGUCUCACAUUCUCAAAGGAGAAAAUAAAGACGCUGCCAGUUCAUGGGUUUUUAGAGACGGAGUCGGAGAUGGAUCCGACCGCUGAGAGUCAGGUCAGCCCUGUAGUGACUCAGAAAGCAAAGGAGAGGAAGAAGAUCAUCGAUGGUCAAUAUAAAUGCUUUGAGAAAAUGAACAGAGACCAGCCAUAUAACAAAUCAGGUCCAUACUGCAAUCGCACAUGGGAUGGCUGGCUAUGUUGGGACGACACACCAGCAGGAACAUACACGUCUCAAAACUGUCCCAAUUACUUCCCUGACUUUGACUCUACAGAAAAGGUCACCAAGUAUUGUGAUGAGACAGGAAACUGGUUUAGACACCCUGAGACAAACAGGACAUGGUCCAACUACACGCUCUGCAUUGCUCACACCAAGGACAAGCUCAAGAUGGCGUAUAUUUUGUAUUACAUGGCAAUUGUGGGUCAUGCUCUUUCUAUAGUGUCCCUUCUCAUCUCGCUGGCCAUUUUCUUUUAUUUCAGGAGUCUGAGCUGUCAGAGAAUCACUCUACACAAGAACCUGUUCUGCUCGUAUGUGCUCAACUCAGCCUUCACCAUCGUCAACCUUAUAACUGUGGUCAACAACCCCAAAGUGGUGCAGAGGAAUCCGAUUGGCUGCAAGGUGCUUCACUUCUUCCACAUGUACAUGCUGGGCUGUAACUAUUUCUGGAUGCUCUGUGAGGGGAUUUACCUGCACACGCUGAUUGUGGUGGCCGUAUUUGCCGAGGAGCAGCAUCUGCACUGGUAUUAUCUUCUGGGCUGGGGAUUCCCCUUGGUGCCUGCAUCCAUCCAUGCUGUGGCGAGGAAGAAAUACUUUGAUGACAACUGCUGGAUGAGUGUGGAGACACAUCUGCUCUAUGUGGUUCACGGCCCCAUCAUGGCAGCUUUAUUAGUCAAUUUAUUCUUUUUGCUGAACAUAGUACGGGUUUUGGUGACCAAACUGAGAGAUACGCAUCGAGCUGAGUCUAACAUGUAUAUGAAGGCAGUGAGGGCCACCCUCAUUCUGGUGCCCUUAUUGGGCAUUCAGUUCGUCAUCUUCCCUUGGCGGCCAGAGAACCGCUUGGCAGGAGAGAUAUACGAUUACAUCAUGCACAUAUUAAUGCAUUACCAGGGAUUGCUGGUGGCAACCAUAUUCUGCUUUUUCAAUGGAGAGGUCCAGGGAGCUCUGAAAAGGCAGUGGAUGCAGUACAAAGCCCAGUGGGGUCAGCGACGGCGCGAGCACUGCUCCAUGAGAUCCACCUCCUACACCGCCACCUCCAUCACUGAGGUGCCCGCCUUCAUGUACCAUAAUGACUGCAACAGUGAACACUUGAACGGUAAACAAACAGAAGACUCCGAGCUAGUGGCCCUCAAGACGGCCGACACAUACGCGUAAACAUUUGAAGAGAAAGAUGAUACUGGGAAAGAGAGUGAUUCAAUCGAACUGGAGACUGGAGACUCAGAUUGACUGAACGUUCACAAACUCCCCGACUCAGACAGCACUUAAGCGCUGACACCAGAACAUUCAAAGCCUUGUGUUGGCAAAGCCCUUUCUGUUGAAAUAUUAUUCUAAGGCUUUGUUUAUAUUCUCUUCAACUCUGCUUCUGCGAGUUGAAAUGCAAAGGAAACGUUAAAAAAUACAGACAUGGGAUGCACUUUUUAAAAUGUCAUACUAAAGCUGCUAGUGUCAGGCUCCUCUCACAUCCUUUUUGGGCCCGUGGCCACAAAUGAAAAAAGAAACUUUGCAAAAAACCAAAGGAUGUGUUGAUUUGUGAGUGUUUCUCUAAAGCCACUGGGAAGCGGUCCUCCAGAGGACAGGCUAUGCUCAUCUGUCUCUGAACAAAGGAAAGCUCUUCUGUGCCUGAAUCCUGUUCCUGAUGGUGGUGAAAUGUCAAAGGAGGUUACGAAGAUCUGUCUGACGGUCAUUUCGCAUUUGAAAAUAGCUUUUUAUCUGUCUUGCGAGACUCCUGACUGCUUUAUUGUUUUUGCAGCUGUACUUUUCUGCCUCGUCUUUGUUGCGAAAGGGGGUGUGGAGGAAAAGAUGAACAACAUGGACAAAUCUAGGACUGCUUAAAAGCAAAUUUAUAAACCUGUGCAUAGAUAUGCACAAAAAUGUAUUCCGUAAACAAAAACAAAACAAAAUAUAUAUAUAUAUUGAAUAAGCUCCCGUGUUUUAGAGUGCAGAUUGUAUUUAUGAAAGUCUGAUUUCAAGGCAUAUUUUCAGUGUUCUGGAGUGCUACUUUACCAGCAAGUGUAUUUCCUCUUGGAAACCAAAAUCCACGUUUCAUGAAUGCACCAAAUUUACUUCACGUUUUCAACUAGUGAUCAUUAAUCCACUUAUAUUCACUUGCCAUUGUUUGAACAAAAAUUACUGAUGGGACUCACUGAUUUAUGCAAAAAAUAAGAAGCGCCAAAUGAAGAAAUUAGAGCAAAAUAAAUUGUGUAAACUAUGUGGGGUCAGUAAAAAAAUUUUUUUUUUAAAGAGAUUAAUACUUUUAUUCAGCAUGUGUGCAUUAAAGUGACAAAUACGAAUUUUGCAUUGUUACAAUAUUUUUUUAAUACAUAUAUUUAGUUUCUUUUGAACUUUCUAUUUUUCAGAGGAUCCUAAAAAAUCUCCUCACAUGUUUCCUAAAAAUAAGAAACAUCAUACUGAAGACUGGAGUAAUGUCUUCUGAAAUAUCAGCUUUGCCAUCAGAGUAAUAAAUGACAUUAAUUUUUUUUUUUUUUUUUUUUUUUUUUUUUUUGAAUAAUUUAAAAUUUUAAUAAUAUUUGACAUUAUUAAAAAGUUAUACUCUAUUUUUAAUCAAAUAAAUGCAGCCUUGGUGAGCCUAAAAUACUUUUUUUAAAUAUAUAUAAAAUCAUUUAGACCACAAAAUUUUUAACUGCUAGUGAUACAUACAAAAGCAUACAUAUAUUGUAGGUUUGCAAAUGUUAUUAAAAUCAAAGCAACCCAUCUUUCUAAGCCUGAAGAAAUGAUGUCGUCAGAAAUACUUUGGUGUUUUCUGAAACUAAAUGUAGAAUAGCACGCCCACAUACAGUGCAGUAUAUUUAAGUGUGUGUAGACUGGACGACUGUGAGGAUAACAAGACCCUCUUGGCUCAAAUCAGCCGCGUCUGGGAUGCAUGUGAUGACAGGCAGCUGUCACCGAGUUGGCAUUACCUGUCACAAGAAUGCAGUAACAACUUACUCAGAUAUCAAAUGCACAUGUGCAACUACAAUGAAAGUGUUCUUUAUAAAUGCAUCAGUAUCUGCUAAAUGAGAAUCAAAUACCUUAUUGUUUAAACAUCACAUGCAAAAAUCAGUUUAAGGAUUUACAUUAUAGGAAUGCUCACAUUUCCUAACAAUGUGAAUUUAUCUAUUCAAUACAACAAUUCUCUGGAAACAAGCAAGUCUCUUUUUUCUGUAUAUUAUAAAUAUAAUUUUUUUUGUUACUUUGGACUACAACACUGUACUUGUACUUAAAAGAGAUGUUUAGCUGUACAUAGUGUUGUGUUUCAACCGGUUUGAGGUGAAAUUGUGACAGUUGGGUCAUUCAUUGUGAGCUGUGUCAGUAUCUUGGACUUGGUAUUUACCAUGUAAUUGUUUUAGUCUAACGUGAAAUUGAUUUAUCAUGGUGUAAAUACAACACGUCAUUAAGCUUGUUUGAGCUACAGUUAUAAGUUUGAAGUCAAAAAGUGACAUUUCUUGCUCAUGUUUUCAAAGUGUCUGUUGCUUUUAUUGGAGAUGUCACUAAAAACUAUU